ACAAACUUCAAAUAUAGAUAGCUAUCCAAGAUGAAGAUAACAAGGUACAAGAAAGUGCAGAAAUAUAUGAAAUUCUACUACAAUAAUUAUGGUUUCCACCAGCCCUACCAAAUCUUGGUGGACGGCACAUUCUGUUUUAGUGCCUUCAAAGAACAAAUAAAUAUCAGAGAACAGAUACCAAAAUAUCUCAAUUCUCAAGUAAAGCUGCUGACCACAAGAUGUAUCAUUGUAGAAACUGAGAAAAUAGCUAAGAAAGCUCAUGGUGCUCUGACAAUAUUAAAACAGUAUGGUAUACACGAAUGUGACCACAAAGAACCAAUUAGUGGGGCUAAAUGUAUUUUGUCUAUGAUUGGCAAGAGGAAUGAGAAACAUUACAUAUUAGCAUCACAGGACAGAGAUUUGCAAGAAGCACUCAGAACAAGAGCUGGAAUUCCACUUCUGUACUUCCACAACAAGUCUCCAACACUUGAUAAACCAUCCAGAGCAAGUUAUGAUAAUGCUGGUCAAUCUCUACAGACAAAUAACAUAUUCAUCAGUGAAACACAAAAUAAAACAUUGAAAUCUAUGAAAAAAGCUCUAGGAGUCGCAGAAAAAGUGGAAAAUGUUAAAAUUCCACCCAAAAAGAAAAAGACACACAACCCUAAUCCAUUGUCAUGUAAAAAGAAAAAAAAGAAGCCAGGCCAACAGGUAGUAGCUAAGAAGGACCCAGGUACAGCUUGUGGCAAAGUUAGAAAAAGAAAUAAGAACAAAUUACCAAAACAUGUGCAAAAGCAAUGAUUUCUUGAAUAUAUUAUUUUUAUUUCCUUA